AUGAUUGAAGAUACAAAUGAAUACCAGUUACCACCUCCAAUGAGUCCUAUGCCGGCCAAAUCCAACGCCAAACGGGUCUUCGAAAACAACUUUGUUAGUAACAAGGCCAAGGAAGCAUUUGCUGGUCGUCUAUUCCGUGACAAAGACUUGUCUCUGGGACAAGCGUUUACUUUUGGUGAUAUGCCGGAUGAUGAUGGUACGACAGCCACCACCGUGGAAGCCACUGAGCCUGGACAAACUCUUUGUGUUUAUCUCAAGCGUCCCACCAAACCUAGCGCAGACCAAGCAAAAGGGUCAAAAAAUGAGGCGACCCAACCAAAGGCUAAAGCAAAGGCUAAGCCUAAGGGGAAGAAGAAAAAAUAG